AUGAGCAACUCUCGGUCAUCUGAAAAGUCACCGUCCACACCUGAUGUCUCCGGCCGCCGGCACGUCCAGCAUCUCGGCCACCCACCCACAUGGCCUUGUAGCACAACCCGCGAACAAGGCCCCGGUCAUGGCUUGCAGCUUUGGUUAUACAACCCAGACAGGGUGCUGAGACCCUCUCUCUCCCCAAUUUCUUCGCAAGGCUGUCUCCGUGGCCAGGCCCGUGCUGAGGCGCGUCGUCCCCGAGUCUCUCCAACAACACCACACGCCGCGAGCCCAAUUCUCUUCUUAUAA